AUGGGGAAACAGUGCAGGUGGGCGAUAAUCCACAGUUCCUUGAGUCUCUGUGAACAAGAAUAUGGAAAAAAUGCUUUUGAUUUAAAGUUGAGUGCAUGUUUGAUCGAGUUCUGGUGCAAUGAACCAUUCAAGGUGGGAGGAUCAUCUGACUCAAAAAGAUAUGUCAAAUCAGCAGUUUUUGACUUUAUUAAAUGGAUGAGUGGAGUAGAGAAUAGUGUUAUCCCAUUUGAUGGAAGCGAUUCUUGGUACUUGAUGAAGGAACAUGCUAACUCGUUGCCUGCUCCAAAGAGGUUAAGGCGAAUAAGGGCAUUUCAAAAUGGGGAAAGUAGUACAAUAGGAAAAAGGUAG